AGGAUUGCCCGCCCGCUCACGCCGCGCUGCGCGCUUUUCCGCUGCUCGCGGCCCCCCCACAUUGUUCUCUCAGGAACUCCUGGGUCCCCAGGGACUGACUUUGGGCCUGAGCCGGGGAGCGAAGAGACUUGGCUUUGGCCGAAGGGUCGGAGGUUUGGGGCCAGGCCCCCAGCCCGAGCCCCCCUCCCCCCACGGCACUUUUGGGGGGUGUGGAUUAUCUCAUCCCCGCAGGGAGGUGUGAGAGGGCGCCUGCUGCCCGCUUCCCUGCCGCCUCCCCGGCGGCGCCGGCCCGCGGCAGCCCCGCAGUAUGAGGUGGUGCUGGCGGCUCCGGGCCGUGGCGCGGCCGCUGCGGCGGUGGCUGCUCGGGGGGCGCUGAGGGAGCCCCUCGGAGCGGCGCGGCGGACGCACUUCUCCCCGGCGCCCCGGGCCUCGAAGCUUCCUUUCUCCAGCCGAGAGGACGCGGCUGUGAUACGAAGACCUUGUGUGCACAGUAAUGACCUCACGUUUCCGAUUGCCUGCUGGCAGAACCUACAAUGUACGAGCAUCAGAACUGGCCAGAGACAGACAGCAUACUGAGGUGGUUUGCAACAUCCUUCUUCUGGAUAACACUGUACAAGCUUUCAAAGUUAAUAAACAUGAUCAGGGGCAAGUUCUAUUGGAUAUAGUCUACAAGCAUCUUGAUUUGACUGAGCGAGACUAUUUUGGCUUACAAUUGGCUGAUGAUUCCACAGAUAAUCCGAGGUGGCUGGAUCCAAACAAACCAAUAAGGAAGCAGCUAAAGAGAGGAUCUCCUUACAGUUUGAACUUCAGAGUCAAAUUUUUUGUAAGUGACCCCAACAAGUUACAAGAAGAAUAUACAAGGUACCAGUAUUUUUUGCAAAUUAAACAAGACAUUCUGACUGGAAGAUUGCCCUGUCCUUAUAGUACUGCUGCCCUUUUAGCUUCAUUUGCUGUCCAGUCUGAACUUGGAGACUACAAUCAGUCGGAGAACUUGCCAGGCUACCUCUCAGAUUAUUCUUUCAUUCCUAAUCAACCUCAUGAUUUUGAAAAAGAAAUUGCAAAAUUACAUCAGCAACACAUAGGCUUAUCUCCUGCAGAAGCAGAAUUUAAUUACCUAAACACAGCACGUACCUUAGAACUCUAUGGAGUUGAAUUCCACUAUGCAAGGGAUCAAAGUAACAAUGAAAUUAUGAUUGGAGUGAUGUCAGGAGGAAUUCUCAUUUAUAAGAAUAGAGUACGAAUGAAUACCUUUCCAUGGUUGAAGAUAGUAAAAAUAUCUUUUAAGUGCAAACAGUUUUUUAUUCAACUUAGAAAAGAAUUGCAUGAAUCUAGAGAAACAUUAUUGGGAUUUAAUAUGGUGAAUUACAGAGCAUGUAAAAAUUUGUGGAAAGCAUGUGUAGAACAUCACACAUUCUUCCGUUUGGACAGACCACUUCCACCUCAAAAGAAUUUUUUUGCACAUUAUUUUACAUUAGGUUCAAAAUACCGGUACUGUGGGAGAACUGAAGUCCAGUCAGUUCAGUAUGGCAAAGAAAAGGCAAAUAAAGACAGGGUAUUUGCAAGGUCCCCAAGUAAACCCUUGGUAAGGAAAUUAAUGGAUUGGGAAAUAGUAAGCAGAAAUUCAGCAUCUGAUGAAAGGUUAGAAACACAAAGCCUCCCAUCACGGUCUCCACCUGGAACUCCUAAUCAUCGAAAUUCUGCAUUCACACAAGAGGGAACCCGGUUACGACCAUCGUCAGUUGGUCAUUUGGUAGACCAUGUGGUUCACACUUCCCCAAGUGAAGUAUUUGUGAAUGAGAGAUCUCCAUCAUCAACACAAGCUAAUAGCAUCAUUCUGGAAUCAUCACC